AUGGCGGACGGCAGACAACGGGCUACCCAGCCUGCCCCAAACGGCUACGACGCCUCCUCCCUAACCCACGAAUUCGAGCAGCUGAUGCGCACCAAACGACUUAACCGACUUCAUGAACCUUCUCGCUCGCGUACUCACUCACCAUCGCCGUCUCCGAUGUCCAGUUCAGCACUUCCUCCGCCGCCUACACGAGCUCCGCCACCACCUCCCUCGUUGGGCACUCCUGCCGCCGCUCCCUCGCCCAAGCCAUCCACGACCUCACCAGCACUACGCGGUCUUCCUAUCAUGCCAUCCCCUCCCCAGGAUGCAGCUUCGCUCAAGUUUUAUAAUUUAUUGAAGGGAUUAUCAGUCACACCGACCAAGUACGAAAACCCUGGUCUAUUGGAUGAGGCCUUGUGUGUUAUCCCGCUCGAUCGCCUGUAUUCCGAAGCCGAGGAAGAGUCUCAAAUUAUGCAGGCCCAGGCUGCCAGUGUGGGAGGCAAGCCGGAAUGGGGCUACCAAGAUUGUGUGAUCCGAGCAUUGUUAAAAUGGUUCAAGGGGUCAUUCUUCCAAUUUGUUAAUAACCCUCCAUGCUCGAAAUGCCUAAUGCCCACGAUCGCCCAAGGCAUGACCCCUCCGACCCCCGAUGAGACCGCCCGUGGCGCAACCCGAGUCGAGUUGUACCGUUGUUCCGAUACUAGUUGCACCGCCCACGAGCGAUUCCCGCGGUAUUCCGAUGUGUGGCAAUUGCUGCAAUCCCGACGAGGCAGAGUUGGCGAAUGGGCCAACUGCUUUAGCAUGUUCUGCCGCGCAGUCGGAGCCCGUGUCCGUUGGGUCUGGAAUUCCGAGGAUUAUGUCUGGACCGAAGUGUACUCGGAACACCAGCGACGAUGGGUCCACGUUGAUUCUUGCGAGGGCGCCUGGGAUCAGCCUCGCCUUUACACCGAAGGAUGGCAACGUAAGAUCUCUUACUGUGUGGCCUUCUCCAUCGACGGUGCGACCGAUGUCACCCGCCGCUACGUUCGCAAUUUCUCCCGACACGGAAGCCCUCGCACUCGCGCCCCCGAAGAAGUUGUUCUGUGGUCGAUUCACGAGAUUCGACGCAAGCGUCGCGAAAACAUGUCCAAGACCGACCAACGUCGCCUGAUCAAGGAGGAUGAGCGUGAAGAGAAGGAACUCCGAUGCUACAUGGCAUCUGCUCUGGCAGCAGAGAUUAACAACAUGCUCCCACAGGGACUUGUCGGUCGCCGCGAGGACCAGAAACACCCAGGUGCUCGCCAGGAGGCCUCGACCGAAUGGCUUGCCGCACGAGGCCAUGGUAACUCAGGACCCGACCGUUCCCGUGAAGGACGGUAA